AUGGGGUUCUUCAUUACAUUCAUUUAUGGCUUUAAUGAGAGAAAUAGCAGAGUGGAACUAUGGGAAGACUUGAAGGCUAUUAAUACAAUUGAACCAUGGGUGAUAUGUGGUGAUUUCAAUUGUAUAAUAAGUACUGAAGAGAGGAUAGGAGCUCCUGUAAGGGAGGCUGAAAUGGCAGAUAUGAGAGAAUGCUUGAUGUUUUGUGGUUUACAAGGUAUCAAAAGCACAGGUAACUUUUUCACAUGGAAUAAUAAACAGGAAGGAGGUAGUAGAGUGUUUUCUAAGCUUGAUAGAGUGAUAGCAAACCAAGCUUGGAUAGAUGGUUAUCCAUCAGCUGAAGUCUCUUUUCAGAAUGAAGGAGAGUUUGAUCAUACACCAGCUCUACUUAUUGUAUAUCCAAUUGAUAUAACAGGUAGAAAACCUUUUAAAUACUUCACCAUGUGGAGGACAUCUCCUCAGUUCAUGGAUAUCAUUAUAAGGGUAUGGAAUGGAACAAUUCAGGGUACAAAGAUGUAUCAAGUGAUGAGGAAAUUGAGAAGCACUAAGGCAGAGUUGAAAAUAUUGAAUAAAGAAGGAUUUUCUGAUAUUCAAGCAGCUGAUAUACAAGCUUACAAUAAACUGAUGAGAGCCUAA